AGUCGACCAAAUUUCUGAGUGACUAUAGUACGGUUACUCACAUAAUCACUAUAAUAAUGAUUCAAAUUGAAAGAAAAAAUGCAUUUUCGCGAUAGUCGGUAAAUUCAGCAAAAGUCACUUUUUAAAUAUUAAAAGUGGUACUUAAAAUUCAAUCACAUCAGUUGCAGCAAAAAGAGAAAAUCACCGGAUCCCCACCCGCACGGCAGGUGGGGUAUGUGGGAGUCGAACCUCACUAAAAACUCCUGCCGCUCACAGCCGGCGCCCUACCCCGACCUAUCGGGAACCCAGUCGGAGCUAUUGAGACGGCGGGACAGGAUUCACUCAAAGCAUAUUACAUCGGUUCUACAAGCAGAUAAGCUGUUUUUAUCUCUCUUGAAACCUACGAGUCAACUCUGACCCGCCUACCAACAUGUAUAAGCUGGUUGUAUUCGCCGCUUUCCUGGCCGUCGCCUCGGCUGCUCCAGGACCAUAUGGUGUGCCUAUUGCAGCGCCCAUCGCCGCACCUUGGGGCCAUGGUAUCGUCAGCGCCCCACUGGUGAGCGCUGGAGUAGUAAAAACUGCUGUGCCGGUCGCCACUUCUUACGCAAACACCGUUAGGAUCGCAUCCCCCGCUGUGGUAGCUGCUCACGCACCGAUUGUCGCCGCACACGCUCCCAUCGUGGCUGCACACGCUCCCAUCGUGGCUGCACCCGCCUAUGCCCACGGCUGGUAAACCAGUAACAAUCCGAACAACAACUAAACUUGUUAUAAAACGCAUCAAACCAUUAAAGUGCAACAGCCAACUUACUAUUUAUUUAGGCCUAAGAAAAUUUGGAAUGUCAUAUUGGAAAAACUUAGCUUGUAACAAGUUAGAUUGUUGUGCCAUUGUGUUUGUGUAAUAAAACAUACUUCGAUAA